AUGGUUUUGUGGCCUUCAUCUUUCGUCAUCGUGCUGGCAUACAUUGUUCUUUUCAUAUUGCCGCCAUGCUGGUAUGUCAUGGUGACACGUAUCGAGCAGCAUGUGAAUUUGAAUUCAAAAAAUGUUCUUUCACAAUUUCAAUCAGAAAUUGAGCAUUCAGCUACACUGAUACACCCUAUGAAUUCGUCCUCAACAAAUUUUGCAAGAUUUAUGAGUUCAACCCUCAAAACUACUAACAUCUCAUUCUCUGAGAUUGAGACCAAGGUGGCUCCGUUAUUAUUUCAAGCAUUUGAGACGGUUCCUCACUUAGCCCAAAUCUCUUACAUUGGGAUGGAUGGUCAUUUUUUCUCAUAUUACACUGAUCAUGAUCAAGCUAUGGCAAUGUACUCAAACGCAUCAUCAUCUUCGAAUUCUACUUGGGGUACCUUAAAUACAACCGUAUAUUACAUCCAGCCUGUAAAUCGUGACACAGGAGAGUUAUAUGGGGAAGCCAUAAAAUCUAAUUCCUCUAUCAAUGCAAGUGGGGUUGCGGAAGCAAUUAAUAGUUCUUAUGGGUAUGCUUCUUUGGGAACCAAGUGGAACAAUGGUCAUGAUCUUCUAUUCAUUAGUUCAGCCAGAAUCACAAGAACAGGAGUGAUCUCUCUAGGUUUUCCAGCAAAAUCAAUAACUAAUUUUUUAACUCCUAUUGGUCAUCUAGGUGCCAGCUUGUAUUUGGCUACCAAAGAUGGCCAAGUGCUUGUAGAAGGGAUCCACGAUACUCGUAUGAUCAUUUCAAAUGAUACGGUUUCCUUUCAAUCAGUGAAUGCAAAUGAUGAUCAAACAAGCACUGUUUCAUGCAAAGGUGGAGUGGUUGCUUCAAUUUUGAAUAUUCGGGAUGUUGAGUAUUUAAUUCACUGCUCCCCCAUUGAUAUAAUGGGAAUAAAAUCGGUGUAUGUUUUGGCUAUUCCACAAAAUGCAUUGGUCCGCUUUGUUCUCAACAUUAAGAAAAUUGCAUUGGCACUAUUGACUGUGAUGAUGGUAACGACAUUCAUUGCCAUAGUCUGUUUUCUAUUUAUAAAUACUAGAUCUGCUAGGCGUGAAAUGCAGAGUAUGAAUAAGAGUCUUGCUCUUGCUAAGGCUAGCCAUGACAUUCGCGCUGGGCUUGCUGUCCUUACUGGUUUGAUAGAUCAGAUGUCAUAUGAGGAAGUUGUCUCUGGUUCAGAAUUACAGACCAACUUAAAACAAAUGGAUUCUUGUACAAAAGAUUUACUAGGACUCUUGAAUAAUAUACUUGAUGCAAGCAAAAUUGAAGCAGGGAAAAUGCGUCUUGAGGAAGAGGAAUUUGAUAUAUUCCAACUCCUAGAAGAAGUAGUUGAUUUAUACCAUCCCGUGGCUAUGAAGAAAGGAGUAGAUCUCGUAUUAGACCCUUGUAAUGGUUCUCUACUGAGAUAUUCACGUGUGAAAGGCGACAGAGGAAAACUCAAACAAGUUUUUUCCAAUUUACUGAGCAAUGCUAUCAAAUUUACUGAUGAGGGGUACAUAGCAGUUCGGGCAUGGGCUCAAAAGAGCUCAAUAAUCACUACUAACAGAAACAGCUUCAGGAGACAUUUGUCACGCUUAUUUUAUAGGAAAAAUGAGGCACAUCGUAACCAAGAAUCCAUGAAUUCAAUGCAACAAGAUCCGAGUUAUAUGAAUUUUACUUUUGAAGUGGAUGAUACAGGCAAAGGAAUUCCUAAAGAGAAGUACAAAUCUAUAUUUGAGAAUUAUGUCCAAGUCAAAGAAACUGCUCUUGGUCAAGGAGGAACUGGCUUAGGACUUGGUAUUGUGCAGUCCUUGGUACGUUUGAUGCAUGGAGAUGUUGGAAUAGUGGACAAGGAUAUUGGUGAAAAAGGGACAUGCUUUAGGUUCAAUGUGGUCCUUACUGCAUGUGAGACAGGGACGGAAGGUAGCACAAGAGAAGGCCAAUUUGUAUCAGGUGACAGAACCAUUCACACUAAUAGUUCUACUUCAAGCACUUACUCCAUGACUACUCCUAGGUUACUUAAUCGCAGCCCUAGUCCUAGACCCGAGGCUUCUAGAGUUGUUCUUUUGAUUCAAGGCGAGGAGCGCCAAAGGACUACACAAAGGUUCAUGGAGAGUUUAGGGAUCAAAGUUAAGGUUGUGAUACAUUUGGAAGAUCUUUCUGACACUCUCAUGAAUAUCAAACAAAAGGGGAAGGGGAACCAUUCCAAUAGCCAAAGUUGUUCUCCGUUUGCAUCUCAUAACUCUACUAGCAGAGCCGCCAGAGGAGUCUCUUCCAGUGCCAUUGAUGGAAUUGACUAUAUAAAUUCAAUCUUCAAGAAGACAGAUGUCGAAGCUACCCCUGGUUUUGUCCUUAUUGUGAUUGAUGCAAAUGCAGGACCAUUUUCAGAACUUUCCAGAAUGGUAUCUGACUUCAGAAGUGGUCUCCGCAAUCCUUGUAGGGUUGUUUGGUUAGAGGAGCCUCAUAUGCGUGGCGUUAAUUUCGAAACCAUUAUUGAUGAGGAUGUUAGUAAUUCAAAUGAUGUCCCGUUAUAUAAACCGUUUCAUGGUAGUCGUUUAUUCCAAGUUAUUAGGUUUCUUCCCGAGUAUGGUGGUGCAUGGAAACACAGUUCUAGUGGAGCAAAGAGAGAAAGAGGAAAUGAAUUAUGUGGAGAAAUACAAGAAUGUGGAGACUCAAGCAAUAAUGACAAACCCUUGAGUGGUAUGAAAUUUUUGGUUGUUGAGGACACUAGAGUUUUGCGCACGAUAACUAGGACUAUUUUAGAACGGCUUGGUGCUUCUAUCGAGGAAUGCGAGAAUGGUGAACAAGCUCUACGGCUAGUUGAAGAGGGUCUAACUCGGGGUUUUCAAAUUCCUCCAUAUGAUUACAUCUUAAUGGACUGCGAGAUGCCGGUAAUGGAUGGAUACGAGGCAACAAGGCAGAUAAGAGAGAUGGAGAAGCCCUAUGAUGUUCAUUUUCCUAUCAUUGCAUUAACUGCUAAUACAGAGGAAUCGACAAAAAUAUCCAUAGAAGCUGGAAUGGACCAUCACUUGGUCAAACCCAUCAUUAAAGAGGUGUUACUUGAAGCCAUCAGAAGCAUACAUAGAAAAGAGUGA